AUGUCGACUUCCAAAGAUGAGCUCAGCGCCAAUGCUAAAUUGUUUAAGACUCCUGGAAAGAGUAUCCUCGCUGUUGAUGAAUCGAUUAGCACCGUCAAGCUGCCCUGUUGUGAAGAUAACGAGGAUCCCAGGCGUGCCUAUCGGGAGCUACUCUUGACCCCUCCUGGAGCUCUCCGCUCUCUUAAUGGAGUGGUUCUUUCGGAGGAAGCUCUCCAUCAGAAGACCGAGCAUGGCAAACCUUUCGUGGAUGUCCUGGAGGAAAAUAAAGUACUUGUUGGCAUUACGAUUAGGGGCAACCCGGUUGCUUGGCGUGGUCUUGAUGGCCACCCUCAGAAAUUCCGACAACACCGCGAAGCCAGGGCUCGCUUUGCCGUGUGGGGCGAUGGGCCUGUCACCGACGCAAGUGAGCCAUCUGAGGAUGCUAUCCGCAAGCAGGCAAAGGAACUGGCGUCGUUCGCUACAUGCUGCCAGAGGGGCGGUCUCAUCCCCAUUGUGUAUCCAAAGUUGUCAUUUGAUAAAACCCCCAGCACUAGCAACCCCCAGGCUGGUCAGCGGGACAUUCCUGGAGACACCCUCCGUGUCCUGCGGGAAACUGUGCCUCCUGCCAUUCCGGCCAUCGUGUUCUUGUCCAGUGGGCAGAGCGAGGACGAGGCCGUCAUUGCCAUGAACAAUCUCAAGGUCAGCAAGCCAUGGAGCCUCUCCUCCUUUUUUGGUCCGUCACCACAACAGAGAACCUUGAAGGCCAGGGCUCGAAAUGACAGUCCGCAUUCCCCACAAGACACGAGGCGAGCUCAGAAGCGACCUCGGGGAACUAACAAGGGCGACCUUCAACCUGGUGAGGGCACUUCCAAGUCUCCUUAUCACAAGGACUACAAGCACUGA